CAAUAUUUGUUAUUUCUCCCAGAAUUUUUUCUUUCAAAAAUAAACAUCUAUAAGUCGUUAACUAUGAAACUAUUAUCGGACAUGGCUUCAUGUAAUUCACAUGGUCAAGAUUCGUCGUAUUUCUUAGGGUGGCAAGAGUACGAAAAAAACCCCUACGAUGAAAUUCAGAAUCCAAAAGGAAUAAUACAAAUGGGUCUCGCAGAAAAUCAGCUUUCAUUCGAUUUAUUAGAGUCUUGGCUUGCCCAAAACCCAGACGCAGCUGGAUUUAAGAGAAAUGGAGAGUCUAUAUUUAGAGAACUUGCUUUAUUUCAAGAUUAUCAUGGCCUUCCUGACUUCAAAAAUGCAUUGGUUCAAUUUAUGUCAGAAAUUAGAGGAAAUAAAGUUACCUUUAAUCCAAACAAACUUGUCCUUACGGCCGGCGCUACUUCCGCAAAUGAAACGCUCAUGUUUUGCCUAGCCAACCCAGGCGAUGCUUUUCUCCUUCCUACCCCUUACUACCCGGGAUUUGAUCGAGACUUAAAAUGGAGGACCGGGGCGGAAAUAGUUCCAAUACAAUGUACAAGUUCAAAUGGUUUCCGAAUUACACAAUCUGCUCUUGAAGAAUCUUAUAAAUUAGCGAAAACUCGCAAUCUUAGAGUUAAAGGGAUACUAGUUACUAACCCAUCGAAUCCAUUGGGCACCACAUUAACGCGUAACGAGCUCGAACUACUUGUUAGCUUUGUUGCGGAAAAGGGGAUUCAUCUUAUUAGCGAUGAAAUAUAUUCAGGCACGGUUUUUAACUCACCCAAGUUCGUUAGUGUUAUGGAAGUAUUAAUCGAAAAUAAUUAUAUGUACACCGAAGUUUGGGAUCGAGUUCACAUUGUUUAUAGCCUUUCGAAAGAUUUAGGCCUUCCCGGUUUUCGAAUCGGGGCGAUUUACUCAAACGACGCGGUCAUUGUCUCCGCGGCUACAAAAAUGUCGAGUUUUGGGUUAAUUUCAUCACAAACUCAAUACCUUUUAUCGGCUAUGUUAACCGAUAAAAAGUUUACGAAGAAAUAUAUCUCCGAAAAUCAAAAGAGGCUCAAGAAAAGACAUGCAAUGUUAGUGAAAGGACUUGAGAGUAGUGGAAUUAGUUGUCUUGAGAGCAAUGCGGGUUUGUUUUGUUGGGUUGAUAUGAGACAUUUAUUAAAGACCAAUACAUUUGAAGCAGAAAUUGAGCUAUGGAAGAAAAUAGUUUAUGAAGUUAGGCUUAAUAUUUCGCCUGGAUCAUCAUGUCAUUGUACUGAACCGGGUUGGUUUCGUGCAUGUUUUGCGAACAUGUCAGAAGAUACAUUGAAUCUCGCUAUUCAACGUAUUAAAAGUUUUGUUGAUUCCUCUGAUGUGAUUGGUAUCAAUGUUGACCAAAGUAAUCAGACUAAUCAGAAUACAAGUACAAGUCCAAAGAAAAAGUUAUUUGCCAAGUGGGGUUUUCGGUUAUCGUUCAACGACAGAGAACGAUAGUCUGUGUGAACAAAAAUUCAAAUUUGAUAUCGCCAACGUGAACAUUCCCUUGUCCAUGGUGAUUUUUUAUAACUCAAUAUUUUUAGAAAUUGAGUUUUCCAUUAUUAUUUUUAAAAAAAAUCAAAUUAUACAUGAUUUUUAAUGUAGAGAAUGCACUCGGUCCAUGUGAUGGAUGAGAAGUGUUUUUUCAUUUUCAUUAUUUAUUUGUAAAUGCACUCGGUCCAUGUGAUGGAUGAGAAGUGUUUAUUUCAUAUUUCAUCAUUAUUUGUAA